AUGCAAAUCUCAGUAUUUUACAGUUGCAAGCAUAACAGAGAAUCUGGGAAAACCAAGAUUACUGUGGGCGAUCUUAACACCACAAGCAUUAGAGAUGUAAAACACGCCAUUCAAGAUGCUAUUCAAGCACCUGUUUGCGACCAGAAACUUUUUUAUUAUGGCCAACUCUUAACAGACGAUGACAUGCUUCUUAGCAGGUUGUAUUUCCGGGAGGGAGAAUGUUUCCAUCUUGAAUUUCUUGCUAUGGCGGACAUAAUAGGUAUAUGUGAAUUCCUUACUGAUCUGAAGAGUGCUGCUCAAGAAAUCGUGCAAAACCUCCAAAGAGAAUUGCCCAGGAUAGAACAGCACCCCUCUUAUACCCUAUGGAGAUUGUAUGACAGACUUGUCAAUGGAGUUGAGGGUCUUGCCCAAUUUUUCUACCCAUGGAAAAGCUUGCGAUCUGUUGCACAGAGACACUAUUUUGUGCAAGAAGGAGGCUUUGAUGCAUUUUUGGAGGUGUUAAAAUUUUCAAGACAGUUGCAUGUGGUUGAUCACACUGAGGAUGAUGAUGAGUGAGUUCUUCUAAGUCUUUUACCCACUAAUUAAGCUCUUAAUUUAAACCUGUUAAUGCAGUCUCUUCUCAUUGCUCCCCACAACUGGGAAUUUUUUUCAAGAGAGAUGUGUGUUUUGGCCUCAGAAAUGAAUGUAGUUGAAGUGUUGUAGUUUAAAGCUAAAGCUAAAUCUAAAUCUAAGUUAUGCACAUUAUUUUUCCUCAGCCUCGUGAAUACAACUAAAGAAAAUGUAACAGUACCACUCUUUGUUCUGACCAUUCUCCACUGACUGGGUUCCUGAAGAUGAAGGAAGCUGUACUCUUUAAUUGCUCUUUAUAAUAAUGAGUAUUAAAUUGUCUGUUUGGGGUUGGAUAGGGUGAAAAAAGGCCUUUAGAUUGUGUAUGUUACAGCUCAAAAUUAAAUUCUGGUUAAAAUUUUUAAAUCUAAGUUGAUCUUCAAUUUCCUUUGUCUCCUACCCCUAAUUCUUGAAUAAUUUUUUAUCACAUGCUUGGAGACAAAGAAAAUUGAGAAUUAUCAACCUUUAUGUGGGUUAACAAAUUAUUUCACCUUGAACUCUAUUUAAUUUUAAGCUGUAACAUGUAUACUGAGAAAAAUCAAGCCCUACAUGUUCAGAGCAUAUUUCCCAUAGAGUAUCCCACCCAAUUUUAAACUAGCAUAAUGACUACAGCUUCCCCUGUUCUACAUUGCAAUACAGUUUUCCAUAAAUGUAUCAUGGGAGUUACAGGCAGUGAAGUUGUCUUCUGUUCCUGGACAUAAUUUGUGCCUCAUAAAUUGCCUGUAAAAGCAUGAAAAAUGUGAUCACAACAGAAAGGUAUCAUGAUGGAUUUGGAAGCUUAAAUUGUAUAUUAGACUUAAAUAUUGCUUACUUGGACUCUGAAAAAUUGUGAAAUUAUAGAGUUAAUAAAGUCAGGUAACAUGAUAUAGUGAAUGUUUCUAAAUUCGUAGAAUGAGUAAUCAUGAUUAUAACGUUGAGUAUAAAUUCAAUCAACAGUGUUAUUGAUGAUGAACGUAGGAUCAUAAAUCAGCACAAAUUUCGACACAACCAAACACAACUGGCUCUUCAGCUUUGCUGUCUGAGCUUCUUAUGGAACUUUGCAGAGACUCCUGAGGAUCGCAAGUUUGUCCUGUCAAAGGGUGUGUUACCUUUGACGAUAGAUGCCCUAUUGCUUCAUCCACAGCUACCUGAUGAUGUUGCAUAUGGUAUUGACAUUUAUGGCCUGAAAAUUGGUGUAAAUGAAACAGCUAUUGGAUGCUGUGGAGGGUAUGUUGCAAUUCAAGUACUGAAGAUAUAAUUGAAAUUAGGGCCUCUGUUUAAUUCCAGGCACCAAUUUCGUUUGACUUCAAAUUAUUUGGAACUUUAUUAUGCUUUUUGCUCUUGAGGGAAGUGAAGGUCACCUACAAAACCAGUCAAAGUUACAGCCACACAAUUGAACAAGCUAGAAAUGUCCUUACUGCCUUAGAAAUCCUCAAUUCACAUGGUAGUAAAUUUUAAGUGUGUAGUCAGCUAUUUCUUUGCUGUAUUUUCUUUAUAUCAUCAUAAGUGCUUUACAGAUGUAAUAGCUGGUUUGGCCAACAGAUUGCUGUUAGCAACAGUCCCCUAGUAGUAGGUUGAUACAUCCAGUCACGAGUUUUGACCAUUGUAGAAAUUGCUGAUUAGGAUAAAUUCCUACAACACAAUAAUAUUGUGUUGAAAUUAUUUUAAUAAGUAUGCUCAGAGCAUUGGUGAUCCUACAAAUGUAUCUGUAUACAGUAUGCUUGUAAUAAAACAAUAAUUGUGUUGAAAUUAUUUCAAUAAGUAUGCUCAGAGCAUUGCUGAUCCUACAAAUGUAUCUGUAUACAGUAUGCUUGUCAAACAUGAACCUACUAGUAUUGUGGCCUUGCUCUAGAUCUGUGAGUCUCUCUGUCGCUUGGUGGAUAAAUUGGGUGGCUGCCUGGUGUUUGGGAGGUCAUAGGUUUGAAUUGUUCGGGGGACUCAACAUUUUUUCUUCCCUUGAUUAUAACAUCUUUAAGAUCUCUUCAAUUAUCACAAUGUUUGUUGUGGCUGUGGUUUUUUAUUUUUACUUUUUAAUUCUUGCAGAUUAGUUGAAAGUGAUUCCACAACUCAAGAGGAAGUCUCCAAGAUGACACCAUUUAUUAAGAAGUUACUGAUCAUGAUAGAGGAUUGUCAGUCUGAAAUUCCAGAUUACACCCUUUUCUCGAGCCAGGUGGCAGCUAACACUCUGUUCUAUUGCACAUUUAAUGUCAAGUCAGCACCUCCACUAGCAUCUUGUGGGUCACUGACACAAAUGAUUAGUAUCACAAGACAUCUACUGGUCACUGAGAGAGGCAAUACAGCUUUAAGGUUGGAAUUUUCAGCUAACUACUCAGUAGUUACUUUCUUUAGUUGAAUAAAGCUUGGCUUAUGUUACUGCCUUAAAGGUGAAAGUUCUCUAAGAAAAACCUUUAUCGUACUCAGUCAUCCAACAAAUGACUGCAAUCUUAGUUUUUUUAUUAUACAUUAACCCCUAUGUGGCAAGUGGAGGUGAGGUGCCCAAGGGGGAGCCGACCACCCGACUGACUGGCCCACCUGAUACCAAAACCCAGCCACAAGCCCCCAGUGCCAUGCCAAAGGGAUCUCUGGGUUGGGGCCAAUGCAACCCAGAGCAAUGAGGAGAGGCUUGAGAUACCUAAGCCACAGUUCUAAGAGGGCCAUCCUGAGGCAUCUAUCUCCAGGUAAGCUCCAAAUGUACCGUAGGUACAGUAGGUACCGGUUGGAAACGUGAACGAUCAAACUGACUGGAGUAUGGAUGUAGAGCUGGUAAGUAACACUAGAUCAUUGACCCCAAAGUCUUGCUGAGGUGAUGUGGCACUUUGUGGCUUGCUGCUGCUGCUACAGUAGACGCUGCCCCAAUCCGGGAGUGAAGACCUGAAUAAGAGCCAGAGAAACCUGCUUAGUGUAAGAUGGACUGCAAGUGCUGUGAAUGACAGCUGCUGCCAGGUAAGGGGCCGACCAUUACCAAAUGUCAAUAAUGGCCCAGAGACAGACCUACGAGGGGACAGUAAAUUACCCCAUGCCACGGCAGAAUAAGCAGCAAUUAUGCCCUGUCCUAAGUAGACAUCACAGCCCACACGAAAGGGAUCUGUGUUCGAACACUUACUGUGGAACUUAAAAUAUGUGGGGUUCACCAGUGAGUCUGCCUGAAAAUCACUGACCUUGAUAUUGGGUACAAGGAUGGAACACAAAAUUCAUGGUGAACUCCACAGACUACAGGCGGCCCACAGCAUCACAUGGUCUCUAGGAGACAGGUCUAAAGAGCGCUGGCUAACCCCCAAGCAUUCAGUCGUGAUUGAGAGAUGACUAGGACACACUGGACAUCUGAACCCAUUUGAUGCCCCAAAGGAAGCGCUGUAACACAAGACCGUUGACCAAGGGAUCUGGUAAGCCAUGGUCAAUGUUGAGGGAACGUACUGCCGGGAUACUACUCGAUCGACGUUUGAGAGGGUGCUGGAAAUCGUAGGUGAAAAAUAUACCCGCCCAAAUUCAUCUUGGAUGAAUCAGAAAGGCCUGAGACGGUAGCUUCUUUCCUGAAUGCAAGAUCGUAUUCCAUCCACGCCGGGCCUUUGAGUACUUUAAGUAGUUAUAAGUAGUAGUCAAGUCCAACCAGCGGUGUGGGUGUAUCGAGCACAAGACCAGCUGGAAGAUUGUGAAAGGCUCAGUCCAUGUUAGAAUGUCUUGGAUCUCCACCUACUAACAUCUUUUCAAUUGCUUCUCCGGCGGUGCCUCGGAAAAAUAGGCUUUUGUUACUGGUCCGGCGCUUUGAAAACUAAUCAUCCAGUUUUGUUAUUUAAGACUAUAUUUAAGCAUUUAAACUGUUUGCUGUCACCCGUUGGUAUGGAUGGCAAGGAUCACUGAAGGAUGGAUAUAGAUUGAAACUUGGAAAAAUUGGGCCAACUUUUUUAGGUUUUAAUGCUAUGCCUGCAGAAAUUACCAAAAUAAUUAUCAUGGCUAGUGCAGUGCUCCCGUAUUAAAUUUGUUUGAUAUCCUUUUCAUAACUCUACAGGAGCAUUUUGUGUAAGUGAAAAGGCUCUUAGUAAUGUUUUCAGCACAGAAUUGACCUAAAAGAGCAAUGGAGCGAUUUCGUAUGACCUUGAAAUGAAAGCACGCGAACUAACAGAAACAACAAACGAACGGAAAUAGAGCGAUUUGAUUGGUUCAUCGAACGGAUACAAACGCGCAUGGCUUUUGGUUGGUUAAGCGAACGCUCGGGUGAAAAAACUUCAUGCCAGAGAAUUUUCUAGAAAUAAACCGAUACUUCGCUCUGACAUCAUACUGCAACACGAUUGGCCAAUCGAACAAUGCCUUCUCCAUAUUUGGGUUUUCUUUGGCGGGAAAACGAAGAGGCCAUGUUUUGAUCUUUUCAUCCAUUGGCUGAUAAAACAAAUAACGAACACUUACCGAACCAUUUUGUCAAGGUCAUACGAAAAUCGCUCUAUCCCUGAGACACAGCCUCUUUAAAUAAUACAUGGCCCCCUUGGUCCAGUGUUAUUGCAUUCUAAAAUCUCAUUUUUCCUUUCUCUCUUAGGUACUAUGGCUGCCUCUUCCUUGCGAGAAUGCGUUCAUCUCCUUUGAUUCAGCUCGAUAAAGACAUUUGCAUAACUAUAGACCAACUUAUUGACUUGUUCUUGGAGAAGCAUGUUCCAAGGGAAAUCUCAGAGUGGGAAGAAGAAAUGUCAUUUGUGUGGAUGACAAUGGUUCCCCUUGUUCAUCUUGCCUUUGCGGCAGGCAAUUUAAAGGAAACUUGUGAUAGUGAUGUAGACACUGACAAUGAAGUUUACCAAGUUCGUGAAUUAGAGAGGGAAACUCAGCAAAGCCAGGAGGCCUUUCUUGAUGACCCGGGUGAGAACCAACUACCGCAAGCUGAAAUUUGUCAGAUGGAUUUCGACCUAUCGUUAGAGUGCGUUGGUGGGCCGUGGGAAUUUAACAAUAUUCAAGAUGAACGUGUUACUCAAAGCGUCCUAUGGACUGAAGACUUCAACACACGGGAGAACACAAGGAAAGAUGAAACUGAAGGUUUGUUAUCAGUGGAAGUUGUUGAAACAAAACCACCUUUCGUAGAAGCAAGUUCAGGAGAGAGCUUCUUGUGGCCGGGUUCCAAAUCGACACAGAAUCUUGGGAUCUUUUCGUUGGUUCACAUGCUUUCCAUCAAAGAGAACCAACAGUUGGCAGCAUCAGAGAAUCUCAUUCCUUACUUGAUUUGCCUGUCUUGGCAACUGGACAAUGACGUCAAGCAAAAGUUACUUGAAAGUCUAGCAAAUUUCAAUGUUUUUUCGCCACCCUCCCUAAAAGUUGCAGCCCAAUCCGUCCUUGCCCGAGUUAAAGGCUUGGACUUGGUGUUUAAUUCCUAA